AUGGAAAGAAAAGCAUUCUUGGACCAGGAGGCUCCCAUCGGGUACAUUGCUGGUAUAGGGCGUGGUGCCACUGGGUUUACCACAAGAGCUGAUGUUGGUGCUGGUAGAUUACCUCCACAACAACGUGAUAUAGGUUCAGAUGAUGAAGAUAAUUAUCAAGAUGUUGAUGAAGAUGGAUUAUUGGGUGAUAAAACAUUGAAUAAAGAAGAUGAAGAAGCUGAUGAAAUAUAUCAAGAGAUUGAUAAUAGAUUGAAAAAUCGUAAUAAAAGAAGAAUAUCACCAAAUGAUGAUGCUACUACUACUGGUAAUAAUGGGAAUGAUGAUAAUUUAACCAAGAUUUCAAAUCAAUUUGUUGAUUUAAAGAAAAACUUAUCAUCAAUUUCUGAAGAUCAAUGGGCAAACUUACCAGAAGUUGGGGAUUUAACCAAAAGAAAUAAAAGACAACGGAAAUUAUUACAAGAACAAAAAAGAACUUAUGCAGCUCCAGAUUCAUUACUUGCUGGGUUAGGUGGUUCAAAUGGUAAUUUAGAUUCAUCAGUUGAUUUAGGGGCAUUGACUUCUGAAAGACAAAAAUUAUUAGGUUCUAAAAUUGAUUCAAAUUUUGAUUUUAAUGAAGAUAAUGAUGUGGAUCAAGAAAGUUAUCUUAAUGAAAUUUCAAAUUUAUCACAAAAUAAUGAAGAAGAAAUUAAAAGAAUUAAGACAUUAUUAAGUUCUUUCACUAAAGCUGAUCCUAAAAAACCUGAAGGUUGGAUUGCAAGAGCAAGAUUAGAAGAAUUUAAUAAAAAUUUUGAAAAUGCUAAAAAAUUAAUACAACAAGGUUGUAAUAAUUGUCCAUUUGAUGAAGAAAUUUGGCUUGAAAAUAUAAGAUUGAAUAGAUCAGAUAUAAAAUAUUCUAAAAUUAUAGUGGCUGAAGCUAUAAAUCUUAAUUCAAAAUCUUUAAAACUUUGGUUAAAAGCAAUUGAAUUAGAAUUAGAAAUUUUCAAUAAAAAAAGAGUUAUAAGGAAAGCUUUAGAAAAUUUACCCACAUCAGUGGAAUUAUGGGAAAAAUCAAUAAAUUUAGAAGAUGACCUAGUGGAUAAAUUGAAAAUUGCCACUAAGGCAACAGAAUUAAUACCUGAAGAUGAAUCAUUAUGGUUAUUAUUAAUAGAUUUACAAUCUUAUGAUGAAGCUAAAUCAACUUUAAAUAAAGCAAGAAAAGCAUUACCUAAUAAUGUUAAUAUUUGGUUAACUGCAAUUAAAUUAGAAUUUCAAAAUAAUCCUGAAAGUGAUAAGAUUAGUAAGAUGAUUAAAAAAACUUUUAAAGAAUGUAAAGAAGUUACAAGAUCUGAAUGGUUUAAAAUUGCUAUAAAUUUGGAAAAAAUUGAUAAAUUAACAUAUUUAACUACAUUAAUUGUUGAUGAAAUAUUAUCAUUGGAAGAAUUAGAUUAUAAUUCAUUAUUAUUAGAAGCUGAAAAUUAUAAAGAAUAUUUAUUUGUUUAUAAAUCAAUAUUAAAUUUCAUAAUUAUAAAAUUCCCUAAAAAAGCAGCUAUAUGGAGAAGAUUAAUUGGAUUAUAUAAGAAUAAUUUUGACUCCAGUGAAUUAUAUAAAAUUUUUGAAAAUAUUAUUGAAAUUUUACCUAAAAAUGCAACAUUUUGGUUAAUGUAUUCAAAAGAAGUUUGGAAAAAUGGUGAUUUAUCCAAGGCUAAAGAAAUUUUAAAUAAUGCUUUCAAAUUACAUUCACAAAAUGCAGAUAUUUGGUUAGCUUUAAUUAAAUUAGAAAGUGUUGAACAUAAUUAUUCUAAAGUUGAUUCAUUAUUUCAAAAAGCUAAAGAACAAGUUAAUAAUGAACGGAUAUGGUAUAAAUAUGUUACAUUUUUAAGACAACAGGGCUCACAGGAGAAAGCAUUAGAGGCAAUAGAUUUGGGUUUAGAACAAUUUCCAAAAUGUUUUAAAUUAUAUUUACAAAAAUCUACAAUAUUAGAAGAAUUAGGUGAUUUAAACCAAGCAAGAAAUGUUUUAUCACUUGGUACCAAAACCAUACCAGAAUCUAUUGAAUUAUGGGACCAUUUAUCAAACAUUGAUUAUAAAUUAGGAAAUCAUACAAGGGCAAGAUCAGAUUUAGAUUUAGGUUUAUUGAAAAAUCCUAAAUCAGAUAAAUUAUGGGGUUUAAAACUUGAAUUAGAAAAAAUUUUACAAAAUAAUGAACAAAUUAAUGUAAUAUUAACAAAAGCAUUAAAAAAUUUCCCUCAUUCUCCAAUACUUUGGGAAUUUAAUUUAAAAUUUAAUAAUAAAAAAUCAUUAAGAAAAACAUUAUAUCAAGAUGCAUUAAAUUCAACAAAUAAUAAUGUUCGAAUUUUAUUAAUCAUUGGAUAUAAUUUUUGGAUUGAUGGGAAAUUUGAUAAAGCUAAAAGAUGGUUUGAAAGAGCUAUAAUAGCAGAUGAAGAUUUUGGUGAUUCAUGGGCAUGGUAUUAUAAUUUUCUUAUUAAAAAUAAUGAAUCACAAAUUGAAAUUGAUGAAUUUUUAAAAAAAUUUCAAGAUGUUGAACCUCGUCAUGGUGAUUUAUGGCCUCGAGUUUCUAAAAAAUUGGAGAAUUUGGAUAAACAACCAGUGGAGAUAUUGAAACUAGUUGCAUCUGAACUUUUGAAAUGA